AUGUUCCAUCCAGCAUUUACAGUUAAGGAGAGGCCUUGGGUGGAAAGUAGACUUCAGCUGCCUGUUAUUCCUUUCCCAAAGGUUAACCUUUUUUGACUCGAGGAAGGUGAAAUGACUUGUACGGAAAUGGGGAGCAGUGCCCCUCCAAACUAAACCAAAAUUUAGUUGGAAUUCAAAAAACAAAAAUCAGUUGGCUAUAGCAAGUGUUCAUAUCUAAUAGCUCAAAAACGUUCAAGGAGCUAGGGAGAAAUGUCCUAGUCACAUAGGCUAAAUGCUGUUGAAUUUUGCCUGAGAUUUUUUGGAUUGGAGAACAUGGAGGAUCUACUUCCCCACCAUUUGGGUGGCGAAAAUCAGAAGAUUGUUACAAAGCUGGGAUCUGUUACAUUCUUUGAGACUACCAAUGAAUUUCAGGAGGACUUUGUACCCAGGCAAAACAUUUUCAAGAGAAUCCAGAGGCUCUGUUUCCGGCAGCGGGAACAGCUUCCUGGGGAGACUUUUAGUAGUUUUGCCUCUGCUUUGUGGGAGUUGGCAUCAGGCUGUGAUUUUGGGCCUUUGCAGGACGAACUGGUACUUGACCAGCUGGUUGAGAAAGCAGAAGACUGGAGAAUUAGGGAGACUCUGCUUUUGCAAAUAGAUUCUCUAACUCUGGCCAAGGCUGUGGAGCUGGGAUCACAAAUGGAAACUUUGUUCAAAACAGCACCCAGUAGGAUAUCGGCGGUAAUAGAACAGUGGGAGCGUCAGAUCAUCAACAACAGGAACUGGAGAAAGAAGGGCUGUAGGCAUUAUGGAUCAUUGCACCAAACGACAGAAAAAAUGAUGCCAUCAUGUGAAAAUAAAUGUCAUCUGGCCAGAAAGAAAACUCAUAGUUUCCAGCUUUGCCAAAAUGUGAGGCUGUCCAAGGUUCCAGGUGUGAUGGCGCCAGAGCCAGUAGAAAAUUGCACAAGUGAAGGAGAGCUUGAAGAAGAACAGAGUUCUUCUGUCCCCAGUACGUUAGAGCUGGAGAUUCGUGGAUCAGGCCAGGAAACGGAUGAAGACUAUUUUGAGACCCAGUCACAUCAGAGUGAAUCACUGUCAGACAUCAAGACAGAGCCUUAUGAAAGUGCGUCAGACUCAGAGUCCUUUGCCAGUGAUGUAACUAGAGAAACCAGCCUGAGUUCAUACUGCCUUUCUUCAGAAAUAGAGGACCCAUGGCAGAAGUAUUCUGAAACAAAAGUAGGAAUAGUUCCGUUCAAGGCUGAGUGUGCAACACAACUGGGAUGUAUGCAAAAUGAAGCAGUGGAACUGCCUUCACCUUUGCACAUAGCAGCCAGCAAAGGUGAAUUGGAAGUACAGGCAACCGACUCAAAAACCGAAGAGAUCAAUGGAAAGGAGAAAGUGUUUCCUUACAGUAUUACCUACCCAGGGUCAAAAAUUAAUAAAGAGGUCUUGGUGUCACAGACUGAGGCUUUGCUGAGAGUGGAGGCAAAAUCUGCAGAAAGAGAGGCACACUUCCAUAUCUGCUCAAAAAAUCUAGCUGGUGCUGUUGGCAAAUGCAAUAAAAACACAGAACCAUCAGCAUUUACUUGUCUCAGAGCAAAGUCUGAAAACGCAUUGACUUCCCUUGAGACUUGGUGUUCUCCUGCCCACUCAGCAGCUGUUUCAAGAUGCAGUUUGCCUAAUAUUCACUUAGAAACAAACAGAACUUGGAAGAGAAACUGUGAGUAUAUACCUAACACCAAGUGCAAUAGGAAAAACAUUAUUGACAGUCAGAAAUCUGUAGAUGCCCACCUGUGUGGCACAAAGCCGAAGGCCACAGAUUUACCAUGUUUAAAAUCUACAUUUCUGGCAGCACCCACAAGGCCAAGGAUCAUAGAAAUGAAAUCAUGGCACAGUUCACCAGGGAACAUAAGUGCUCAUGAGGUCAGGGAACAUGCCACUAACUGUAUUUGCAUGACAGAUAAAUUAAGUUGGUCAUGUUCCAGAUUACCCCUAGAAGCGUCAGAAUAUGAACAGAUAAGGGACAAAUUAGAAAGGUUUGGUGACUGCUCACAUAAGUCCUUAAAGAUGGAAAAAGAUACAGGUAUUGAAAGAUUACUUCUUAAUACUCAUCUGGUCUCAAAUAAGAGCCAGUCGGCACAAACAGCAAACUCUCACUGGGAUGCCAGUAAGAAUUUGCAGGACAAAUCAAGGAUGUUUGGCCUUCCAACAAAAACAGCAAAUGCAUUUGAGGGUGAUUCUUUGACCCUAUCUCAGCUGCCAUAUCCUUCAGAGGAUAAUUCCAAGCAGGAGACUCCAUCAACUUCUGAGCGUAUACCAACAAAUAUAAAUGCUCAAGUAGUGUUAAGAAAAAUUCAGCCCAAAUCAGAGGAUGAGAUAGAAAUGAAUGGGUUCCUUCAGAACCUUACCUCUGAAUCUGACAGCCGUUAUGCUAAAACUCAAGAAAACUAUCUGGAUGGACAUAUCAUGACAGAUAAGUAUGACAAUACUUACGGCAGCAGUGCUUCCACUGUUAGUACAGAGGUGAACAUGAAGAGAAAAUGCCUUGAAACUCAUAACACUGAGGCCUUUCUACUGGCAACUGAAGUAAACGGCAAUUCAGAAUUCAGUAUAGGUUGGGGAAUGCUUGAUAGGAUUCUGACAUCAAGUGGAAAAGACUUCAUGGGAGAAAAAGAGGAAACUGUGCUUAAAAACAUGAGUAGGACAUCUGAUACCUUAAAACUUCCUUCCAAUCAGGAGAUAACAAAUGGGCAUCUCCAAAGUAUGGAAAAGAAGGAUUGUUACUGUCAUGAUGGUGGUGGUGAAGAUAUCUCUGCUUUUGAACUAGCGCCAACACCACAUUACAUUUGCCAGGAAGAAAAAUCAGAGAAACCUCUAUUGAUUAAACCUCUUGAUCAAAAAUGGCUACUGUCAAAGAAGAUGGAAGGUGAGACCUACCUGGAUAAAUUAACCUCUGAGAUAUUGGAACAUGAGAACUCAGCCUCUUAUCUCAUCACCAUGAUGGAUGCUACAGAUCCACAGAAGACUACAAAUGCACAAUCCAGCUGUGGAAAUGAAAUUUUGCCUGUACAGGCUAUGUCAGGGAAUGAAGGUGAGUCCCCUGGUCGGAUCUUCAUCCAAGAAGAUGCAAAAAGCAUACAUGAGGAGGCAGAAUCAACAGUUCUGGGUUUAUCUUCAGUGACUGCCCCUGAAAAUUGUACAAGAGGUUGUGUGGAGAAUGGUUCCCCUAGGGCUAAUUUAAGUUUGGAAAGUACUGUACAAACCUGGAAAGAAGAGAUAUAUACUGAUGGUUUGUUCAUAGAACCACACGCUCCUAAUGCUGAGGUAUUGCCGAUUGAGCCCUGCCGAAUAAAAACAGAUUCUGUCUUAGAAAUGGUGCAAGUAGUAAACCUACAGUUUGAACCUGGCGGCUAUACAAUGAUGGAUGAAUCUGUGAUCACAAAUGCAGAGCGAGACACUUGUGUUUGUACUGCAGAAACACAGGAAAUGAAUAGCAUUAGUGGCCUGUGCCAGAAUGUCACUGCUGAUGAUAAGACCCUAAGGAAUACUGUCCAUAGUAAGCAAAUUCUUGAAAAGGAAGAUACCAAACACUGUGAUGUGUCCCAUGGAAAAACAGGCCUUUGUGAAGAUUCUCCAAGAACAGAACUAAACAGGAGCUUUUCUGCAGAAGAUCCAAAAUGUUUUGCCAGAGACAGUGAAUGGAAUCCAAGCACAGAUAUCUGUGAUACUGCAGUGAAAAUGAACAACCAAGAUAAUACCACCACAGGUCUAGAUAACAUUAGCAUGGGAAGCACAAAUAGUGAGGAGAUGAAUGAAAACCUAUUUAAUUUUCUGGGUAGUAACAGCAGUUUCUACAAGGCAGUGCAGAAAAGUGACAAGGCUGGAGCUACAGAGAAAUCUUCCAAGCAGUCUAAAUUUUUAGCCUUUUCAAAAAUGGCAUCCUUCAGGAAAUCUAAACUAAUGUCAGCUGAAAAUCAAGAUAGUGUGAAGUCCAAGACAGAAACAUUAGAUGGAGAUAAAGGGGAUGAAGCAGAAGAUGGCUUGAAGUAUAUUCAGAACAGUUUGCUCAGCUCUACUUUUCAAAGCAAGGAAUCCUGUCUUGCAGAGUAUUCGGAUGAUGAUGACUUAUUCUAUGAGAAACCUGCUGGACUCUUCAACAGAAUGAGCCUGAGAAAGGCUUCCGGCUCUGGACGGAUGCUCUUGGAAGGUGUGGGCACAAGCUCUUCUCCCAUAUUGGCCAGAAGAAAGUAUUCUGAAGGGAAAGUUUUAAGUUCUGUUGAGAAUAAUGACAAUGAGUCUGUGGAGUACCCUGAACUCAAGAAAUCCUCAUCUGAGAAUGACUUUAAAAGAAACAAAAACACAGAGAGUAAAAAAUUCAGGACUCGGCUGGCCUUGGCCCACAGAUCCCUCUCUAGUUUCUUUGAAUCGAAAUCUCUGGAGAAGGAAAAUGCCGAACAGAGUCCAAAGUUAUCAGUGAAAAAUGAAAAGGAAAAAACCAAGUUGCACCAAACAUCCUGGAAAGCAUUUCUGAAAAGCAAGGAGGCAGACAGCCUGAAGCAGUCUGCUUUAAGUAGUCCUCUUCCAAUACAACAGAGUCUUUGUUCCAACAGGAGCCCAGGCAGCUUUGCUAGAAGAGCAUCCAAAGAAUAUCAGGAAUCUUGUAAUGGACAAGUAUUUAUGAGAUCAAAUAUGUCUAAUGGCUCAUCUACAGAAUAUGGCCAUUCUGAUUUCUCUGGGACUAGUGACUUUCUUCCUGUGGACACCAGGAGGAGAGAGCCAUCUCAUGAACUGAUUAUAAAAUGUCUGCAUAGCCCAGACUGCAAUGGGAAAGAGGAAGCAAUAGGCAAUGAUGGGGAUACUUCUUUUGAAGAAUUUUGGUUAAAAUCUCCAAUUAGUCCAAUUGACCUCCAGUCAUCAUUUUCUCACUUCACUCCCUCUUGCCCACAGUUGUCCAUGUAUGAACGUAAGGAUAUGCCAUGUAGACCUAUGAGUCCCAAGCCGCAAAGUCCUCGAACUGGUUCUCAACGCAAGGGUUUCCAUUAUCCUGGAAGAUUAAGUUCUACUUCAAUGAUUUCUCUUGGAAACAUCUCUGUGAUUGAUGUCAACCUGGAAGCUCCUGAAAGGCCAAAGACAUUGAAGCCCAGAUCUAGUUUCUUGCAUUCUAUGCACUCAUUAGAUAAUGAUUAUCUGAGAGAAGACAGUGGGAUAAGCAGCCAGUCACAGAUCAGCUUGGACACAACUUCUUUAUUGAGUGAUACUAUCAGAGAUGAGGAGAAUAUCCCGCAAAGUCAAACCCUAUCAGAAAAGAGGCCAGGUGAGAAACGGGGUCUCCAUUGCAGCAAGAGGUCUACUCAGAUGCCACUGUCUCCACCCUCAUUCUCAAACAUAGAGAGCAAAGCCUGGCUACUUCCCUUCCAUGUUCUGGAGGGGAAAGCUGAAGAGCACGCCCAGAGGAAGAGACACAGACCCCUACACAAGCGUUUCAGCUUUGAUGACACAUGGAUGGAAAAGAAUUGGAAAAGGAAGCUUGUGAAAGAGGCACAGUCAGACAGAGAGACUGAAUCAAGUAACCUCCCAGAGGAUCAGUUAAAAGUUAGAAUGAGAUCAUCCAUUACUUCACCAGUGGCGUUUGAUGCCCUUCCUCUCAAGUUGCACCUCUAUUCCCAGAGCGCACCUACAGGAUUAGACUGCAUGGGCUUGAGACGGCACAUCUCAUUUCCCGUCAUUGUUGAUGGAUCAGUGGAGAAGACCAGUGAUGAUGUUGGGAGUGAAGAAGACUUGUAUGAAGACUUCCGAAGUUCCAGUCAUCGUUAUGGUCACCCAGGCGGCGGCGGCGGCGAACAGCUUGCUAUUAAUGAGCUCAUCAGUGACGGUGGUGUGGUCUAUGCUGAAGCGCUCUGGGAUCAUGUCACCAUGGAUGAUCAAGAGCUGGGCUUCAAAGCUGGCGGUGUCAUUGAAGUAAUGGAUGCUACUAACAAAGAGUGGUGGUGGGGCAGGAUAAUGGACAGCGAGGGCUGGUUCCCAGCCAGCUUUGUUCGGCUCCGAGUAAACCAGGAUGAACCAAUGGAAGACUAUCCUCUGAAGUUAGAAGAUGGCAGGGAGGAAGACACAAGAAGUGCUGCCCACCGUUAUGGUGUGGGUCAAACAACCAAGGACCAAAUGAGAACCAAUGUUAUCAAUGAAAUCAUAAGCACAGAGAGAGAUUACAUCAAGCACCUAAAGGAUAUCUGUGAGGGCUAUAUUAAACAGUGCCGGAAAAGAACAGACAUGUUCACAGAGGAGCAGCUGAAGACAAUCUUUGGGAAUAUUGAAGACAUCUACAAGUGUCAGAAAAAAUUUGUUAAAGCACUGGAGAAGAAAUUCAACAAAGACUACCCACACCUGAGUGAGGUUGGCUCCUGCUUCUUAGACUAUCAAAACGAGUUCCAGAUCUAUUCUGAGUACUGCAAUAACCACCCCAAUGCCUGCAUGGAGCUUUCCCGACUCACCAAAGUGAGCAAGUACGUUUAUUUCUUUGAAGCGUGUCGCCUGCUUCAAAAGAUGAUCGACAUAUCACUGGAUGGCUUCCUCCUGACUCCAGUGCAGAAAAUUUGCAAGUACCCGCUGCAGCUUGCAGAACUACUGAAAUAUACCAACCCACAACACAGGGACUUUAAAGAUGUCGAAGCUGCUUUAAAUGCCAUGAAGAAUGUAGCACGACUCAUCAAUGAGAGAAAGAGGCGCUUGGAAAACAUAGACAAAAUUGCUCAGUGGCAGAGCUCAAUAGAGGACUGGGAGGGUGAAGAUGUCCUUGUCAAGAGUUCUGAACUCAUCUACUCUGGGGAAUUAACCAAAAUCUCUCAGCCUCAAGCAAAAAGCCAUCAGAGAAUGUUCUUCCUCUUUGAUCAUCAACUGGUCUGCUGCAAGAAGGAUCUCCUGCGACGCGACAUCCUGUACUAUAAGAGUCGAAUUGAUAUGGAGAGGAUGGAGAUUCUGGAUGUGGAAGAUGGGAAAGACAAGGACUUUAAUAUCACUGUUAAAAAUGCAUUCAAGUUGCACUGCAGGGACACUGAAGAAGUCCACUUAUUCUGUGCAAAAAAGCCAGAGCAGAAGCAGCGUUGGCUCAAGGCAUUUGAGAACGAAAGGAAGCAGGUUCAGCUUGACCAGGAAACUGGUUUUUCCAUUACUGAGGUGCAGAAGAAACAAGCUAUGCUUAAUGCCAGCAAACUGAAUCAGAGUGGAAAACCAAAAGUGGUCACCAGGACGUAUUAUGAUUUUUUGAUGCGCCAGAAGCACCCUACUUUGCCUGCAAAUCUUCCCCAGCAGCAGGUUUUUAUGCUGGCUGAGCCCAAGCGCAAGCCUUCAAAUUUCUGGCAGAACAUCAGCAGGCUGGCACCAUUUCGAAAAUAAGGGAAGCAGCUUGAUCUUGUGCCUGAAUACCUUCUGAGAAAGCACUUUAUGCAUCAGUCCUGCAAAACUAAGCACUAGCUCCCCCUCCUGGCUUUUAGAGGGUUAGCAUCUUCCCUUUACUCCCUUAUUUCUUUUGCCAGACUGAAUGAGCUCAAGUAUUAUUACAACAUGGACAUUUUUUGUUGCGUGUAUGUAUGCGUGUGUCUGUGAAAGUGAAUUGAGCCUGCCCAUCUCUUUUGAUUACCCAGGAAGAGAAAGCAAGAGGCUGGAGUUGUAACCUCCCACCCCACCUUUUUUUUUUUUAAAAAAAAAACGUCCUCAUUUUGUCAGUUCCCUUUUGGAACAUUCCUUCCCAUGGGACCAUGAUUUGCUUGCAGUUUCAAGAAGGCAGCCAGACAAUAAAGGGCAAGUGGAUGAGCAGUCCCACCACAGCUUGGUGUUUGCUCCAAAAAGCUUCCAGUGUUGCUGUUGCUGCUAUGCAUUUUUCCGGGACGAUGGACCCCCUUCCUCUCACCUCCCACUCCCCCGUUUUUACAGAAACCCUGAAGAAUCUGAGCAUGGCCAGGGAGCCACCUUCAGCCUUGCUGUGCUGGAAGCAGAACUACUGACAACAAACGAGAACAUGACAGGCAAAGCUGAAGCAUGACUAACAAUUGAGACCUAGUUGAGUUAAUAUACAUUGUGAGGGAUGGGGAAAUGUGCCUAAAUUAACUUUAAAUUACUUUUACUCUCUACCAACACUUUGCCAUAGUUCCUGGCCAACAAAAUUUUUUGUCAGUGUUUUUAAAUGUUUAUUUAUGGUAAAAGUGCAGAUAACUGUAUUUUGUAAGAGUUUGUAAUCUGUCUUGUCAGAUGUUAACUUGAUGCCUGUUUUGUCUAUUUUUUUCCACUAAAGACAAAAGGCCAACAUUUGUAAGCCUGUAUUCCUAAAUAUAUGUAACAUGUGUCUGAAGAUGAAUUUCAGAUGUACCAGGCACUUACAAGCAAAUCAGUAUUACUUUGGAAACUGUGCCACCCAUGCAAUAGUCUGCAGAGGAGGUGAGGGAUAGGUAGAAUGGGCCACAGAAUUCCAAAUUUAUAUGGAAGAGUGUAUACUUAGACACUGACACUUGAACAUUAUGGGCAAAAAUACCCAUAUAAUCACUGACUAGAAAAAGGAAAGAUUUGCCUUACAAUAGCAAGAUAGUUAGAAGCCAUAACUGACUGAAUCCCCUCGUUUAGGGAUUUCCUGGUACUGUGACGUUGCAAAGAAAAACCCAACUCACUCUGGUAUGAGACUACUGCAGGGGGUGAGCACUCCAGUCUGACAAAGAGAUGCAGUGUCCAACUAUGGCUGAUAAGCCUACAGAUACACAAAUCCAGAAGCAUGUACAGAUUCAUUCUUGCACUAUAUAUUUCUCCCCAUGAGAGGGGCUACAUUUAAUUUCAUAAAGAAACUUGUAAAA